AAUUCAUUCUACAUUCAACAAAGACAAACAUCUCUAAAACUCAUUCUUUGAUAUUAAUUCAAUCAUCAUCAUGGCAAAUCAACAUCCACCACUCUCUACAACUGCCAUCAUCAACCCUCAAUACUGUGCUCCAGCUACACAUGCUAUUGAUUUGAUAAUCACAAAGGAAAAGACUUUAAGAGAUAACUUCACUGUCAAAGACAUCAACGACAACAUCGUUUUCACCGUUAAAAGUUCACUUGUAACCUUUGUAACACCCCGCCAACACCGUUUCUUAUUUGAUGCUAACGGAAAUCCCAUUCUCCAUCUUCGUAGAUCGCUGCUAGCAGCUGAUGAUAGUUGGAAAGCAUAUAGAGGUGAAAGCUCAGAACCAAAGGAUCUUAUCUUUACUAGGAAGCGUUCUUCAUUAAUACAACUAAGGACCAAAUUAAAUGUGUUUUUGGCAAAUAAUAACACAGAAAUUUGUGACUUCACUGUCAAAGCAAAUUUAUCUGGACAAUCUUGGAAUGUUCAUAUUGGUGAAUCCAACAAUGUUGUUGCUCAGAUAAAUAAGAAGCAUGGCACUAUGGUUAGCAGGGAAAAGUUCAUGGUCACUGUGUACCCCAACAUUGAUUAUGCAUUCAUUGUGGCUCUAGUUGUGACCCUUGAUUAAGUUUUCUAUCUCUGCUUCUAGCCUAGUCAGGGUAGCCCUCAGGGCAGCCCUCGAGGAAGUACUCUAGUUCAGAAGAUUCGACAAAUAUUCGAGCUAGAUUGGAAGUUCAUUGUGCAUCAUUCCUAUCGUAAAGUCAACCAGUGUACUAAUGUCUUGGCUAAUAUUGAUUGUUCCUUGGCGGAUGGUAGCAGAUUCUUUGAGACUUCCUACUAAGUUGAGUCAUGUGUUGCUGAUGUUAUGGGGAUUACUACCCCGUGCUUAAUCUCGUUGUAGUUUUUUUUUCCUUUGGCCUUGUAAUAAAAUAAAAAUUAAGGUUUAGGUCUACAUUUUAUGAUGAGCUAAUGUACGGAAACAUAUUGUCUCCCGUCAGAAUCACACACGGGAGGGAAUAAAGUGUGGAUCCACACCCUCCAUUUAUUUAUUUUAAUUAUUGAAACACAUGUAAAAAAUUAAUGAA